AUCCCUGAGUGCCUUCAUUUGACUUCCAAUUACGUAUUUUCAACUAUUAAUUGGCUAUCCUAUGUUAAAAUUAAAUAUGUAUAUAACUCAAAAUCUUUCACUACCAACUAAUUUCUCUUUCUCUCAAUAUCAGUGAUAUCACCAUUCUCUUAAGUAUCUCUAUUUCAAACCUUUGAGUCUUGAGUCUCCUUUUCCAUAAUUUCCUUUAUCCAAUCUGUUUAGUGGAAUUCAAGCUUGUUCUCUCAGGACUGAUUUGACAAACCUAAGCAUUCCUAGCCCACCUCUGGACUCAGCUUGCCAUCUCUGGACUGGUUGAGCUAUGCAUUCCUAUAAUUUAGCUACACUUAAGUCAAAAGUAUAUUCAAGACACAAACUCGCUAUUCUUUGAAACAUGCAAAACAGGGUUUAAGCAAGCAUACCUAAGUGCACAGCAGAUCCUGAAGAUCACCUCAUACUUUAUAUCAAAGGCUAAUUUAGAUCCAGUUAUUAAGUUCAAAUGCAGCAAAAGCAGCAAGAUAUUUUAGCCAACUCAAAAACAUUUUUAUAAUAAUUUAUAAGUCCUGGGCGGGCAUGGUGGCUCACGCCUGUAAUCUCAGCACUUUGGGAGGCCGAGGCAGAUGGAUCACCUGAAGUCGGGAGUUUGAGACCAGCGUGACUAACAUGGUGAAACCCCGUAUCUACUAAAAACACAAAAUUAGCUGGGCAUGGUGGCACGUACCUGUAAUCCCAGCACUCGGGAAGCUGAGGCAGGAGAAUCGCUUGAACCUGGGAGGUGGAGGUUGCAGUGAGCCGGGAUCAUGCCACUGCACUCCAGCCUAGGCGACAGAGUGAGACUCCAUCCCCAAAUAAUAGUAAUAAUUUAUAAGUCCUUUCAGUAAUUACAAUUAUUCUUCCAUUGCUUCUUCCAAUUGUUAAUUCAUAAGUUGUACAUAAUUGUAACAAUAUAAUUGCUCUCUUCAUAUUAGGUAAAAUAUGCCUUUUCAUUCAAUCUGGAAAUUUUAUAUUUCUCAGUUAUAUUGCUUACAUAUUAUUCUGAGAGACAGCUGUACCUGCUUAAACAUUCCAAUUUAAGUAGGCAUGAAAUAGUACAUCCAAUCUGUUUUACUUUUCCAAAUUAAUUGUUAGCAAGAUUAGCCCCCAUUUUUUUUUGUUUUUUUUUUAAACAGAUAGGAGUCUCAUUAUGUUGCCCAGGCUGGUCUCAAACUCUUGGACUCAAGUGAUUCCCCCACCUCAGCCUCUCAAGCAUUGCUGGGACUACAGGCAUGCACCACCGCUCCUGGCUAAAAUCUUGUUUUAAGUUUUUUCCUUCCAACUUCCUCUUGUGUUCUUGGUGUUGUCUAACCAUCUCUACAGUGGGGAAGUGGUGAUACACAGCACAUGCUUCCUCCUUAUCUAAUGUCAUCUUCAGUUCAGAAACGAUAUGUUUUCUAAUUAAAAGACUACUUUACAAGAGAAGCGUGCCUAACAAAAUGUGUAGAUGACUUUUUGUUCAUUGAUUCAAAAGACAUACAUUCAGCCCCCGCUAUUUACUGGAUACUAAGCUCUGGGGCUACAUGGAAGAACCACGCAGACAACUCUUCCUGCCCUCAACGGCUUACAGUUAAGUUUUUCAAACAUUUGAAACAUAACGAAGCUUUUGGUUACUUAAAAGAAUUCUGUGGUAUUAGGGAACAACACAAACCUGUUUUGUAAACCUAUAUCUUCAUACAGAGAAUAUGCUUAAUCUUGCUACAGUAUACAUUAAUGCGGGAAUGUAUCUUCCUCGGGGCUGCCUUUCGUACCACUUGGCUGGGUGGAACACCUGUUCACUCCACUUUCCACUUGGCCUACAAACCUGAAACGAAAUCUUUGCAACCAGUACAGCUUGCGCGGGGCGGGGCCCAGUCCAUCCCCCUUCGGAUGCGCAGAAGCAGAGGUCACCACGCCGGACCCCUCGAUUCCCUCGCGGGCGGUUCCUGGCUCCUUCACCACCCCAGCGCUCCAAGACCCCCGCCUUUUGGCCUGAGGCUCCCAUUGCCCUAGCCAGUUCCCGGGCUCACUUCCAGCUUUUCCGGAAAGCUUGGCCACGCCCCUCGUCCCAGACCCUCAGGCCACUCGGCCGCAAUUAACCCGCGUCUCUGCGCCUUUUUAGGCCCCUCCCCCUCGGUCGUGCCCUUGCCAUCUCUUAGGCCCCGUCUCACCCUUUCGGAUGCCUCCCCUAGAACCCCACCACUUUCCACCCUUUUCCGUCUGUUAUUUCUCCCAAACUUGCGCCCGCACAGGCCCCUCUGGAACACCCCUGCCCCGUGACUGCUCCUCGUCCCCGCUCCGUAGAGAAAGAGCGUGCGUGCCGCGCAUUUCUGGCAGGAGGAGCAGGUGGACUAAACUUGCGGGAACCAUUUUACGACAACGUGCGGCUGUGCGGCGUGGCUGACGGCAACGCCGCGCUGCUCUUGGAGAGGUCACUCCGGAGACGGCGUUGGUUUUGGGGUGUGGGGGGUUGGUGGCACUAUGUGGCGCGUCUGUGCGCGACGGGCCCAGAAUGUAGCCCCAUGGGCGGGACUCGAGGCUCGGUGGACGGCCUUGCAGGAGGUACCCGGAACUCCACGAGUGACCUCGCGAUCUGGCCCGGCUCCGGCUCGUCGCAACAGCGUGACUACAGGGUAUGGCGGGGUCCGGGCACUGUGCGGCUGGACCCCCAGUUCUGCGGCCACGCCGCGGAACCGCUUACUGCUGCAGCUUUUGGGGUCGCCCGGUCGCCGCUGUUACAGUCUUCCCCCGCAUCAAAAGGUUCCAUUGCCUUCUCUUUCCCCCACAAUGCAGGCAGGCACCAUAGCCCGUUGGGAAAAAAAAGAGGGGGACAAAAUCAAUGAAGGUGACCUAAUUGCAGAGGUUGAAACUGAUAAAGCCACUGUUGGAUUUGAGAGCCUGGAGGAGUGUUAUAUGGCAAAGAUACUUGUUGCUGAAGGUACCAGGGAUGUUCCCAUCGGAGCGAUCAUCUGUAUCACAGUUGGCAAGCCUGAGGAUAUUGAGGCCUUUAAAAAUUAUACAUUGGAUUCCUCAGCAGCACCUACCCCACAAGCGGCCCCAACACCAACCCCUGCUGCCACUGCUUCGCCACCUACACCUUCUGCUCAGGCUCCUGGUAGCUCAUAUCCCCCUCACAUGCAGGUACUUCUUCCUGCCCUCUCUCCCACCAUGACCAUGGGCACAGUUCAGAGAUGGGAAAAAAAAGUGGGUGAGAAGCUAAGUGAAGGAGACUUAUUGGCAGAGAUAGAGACUGACAAAGCCACUAUAGGUUUUGAAGUACAGGAAGAAGGUUAUCUGGCAAAAAUCCUGGUCCCUGAAGGCACAAGAGAUGUCCCUCUAGGAACCCCACUCUGUAUCAUUGUAGAAAAAGAGGCAGAUAUAUCAGCAUUUGCUGACUAUAGGCCAACCGAAGUAACAGAUUUAAAACCACAAGCACCACCACCUACCCCACCCCCGGUGGCUGCUGUUCCUCCAACUCCCCAGCCUUUAGCUCCUACACCUUCAGCACCCUGCCCAGCUACUCCUGCUGGACCAAAGGGAAGGGUGUUUGUUAGCCCUCUUGCAAAGAAGUUGGCAGUAGAGAAAGGGAUUGAUCUUACACAAGUAAAAGGGACAGGACCAGAUGGUAGAAUCACCAAGAAGGAUAUCGACUCUUUUGUGCCUAGUAAAGUUGCUCCUGCUCCAGCAGCUGUUGUGCCUCCCACAGGUCCUGGAAUGGCACCAGUUCCUGCAGGUGUCUUCACAGAUAUCCCAAUCAGCAACAUUCGUCGGGUUAUUGCACAGCGAUUAAUGCAAUCAAAGCAAACCAUACCUCAUUAUUACCUUUCUAUCGAUGUAAAUAUGGGAGAAGUUUUGUUGGUACGGAAAGAACUUAAUAAGAUUUUAGAAGGGAGAAGCAAAAUUUCUGUCAAUGACUUCAUCAUAAAAGCUUCAGCUUUGGCAUGUUUAAAAGUUCCCGAAGCAAAUUCUUCUUGGAUGGACACAGUUAUAAGACAAAAUCAUGUUGUUGAUGUCAGUGUUGCAGUCAGUACUCCCGCAGGACUCAUCACACCUAUUGUGUUUAAUGCACAUAUAAAAGGACUGGAAACCAUUGCUAAUGAUGUUGUUUCUUUAGCAACCAAAGCAAGAGAGGGUAAACUACAGCCACAUGAAUUCCAGGGUGGCACUUUUACGAUCUCCAAUUUAGGAAUGUUUGGAAUUAAGAAUUUCUCUGCUAUUAUUAACCCACCUCAAGCAUGUAUUUUGGCAAUUGGUGCUUCAGAGGAUAAACUGGUCCCUGCAGAUAAUGAAAAAGGGUUUGAUGUGGCUAGCAUGAUGUCUGUUACACUCAGUUGUGAUCACCGGGUGGUGGAUGGAGCAGUUGGAGCCCAGUGGCUUGCUGAGUUUAGAAAGUACCUUGAAAAACCUAUCACUAUGUUGUUGUAACUAACUCAAGAAUUUCUAAACUCUCCCAGGUCACACUGAUUCAUUCUUAUCAAGAUAUUUAUACGUUAUUAAACAGGUGGUUCUUUUUAUUUUAACCAGUUAUUUUUAUUAUUGAGUCUGUCCAGAUAAGUUAUUUAUAAUGGGCAUUACUGAAUUUUUAAAAUGCCGAUUACACCCAAAUAUUGUGCACAUUUAAUAAUCAGACACCAGAUUUUUAGCUCUGUACUCCUAAUUACGGGACAUGUAUGUGGCCUUGCCUAGCCCUUUGGUGAUAAGUACUUCCUCUAGGAAAUGUACGAUAGGUAGAAUUGUGGUUCCCUAAAGACGAGUACAUAAAGGUGACCACGAUGAAACCUUGAAGUUCUGAAAUUUAACUGCCUAAAAUGUUCUCCUUAGAUGUGAGAGAAAGAGAAAGCAGGAAAAUUAAUUCUCUUGGGGGAAGGGCUUGAAUUGAAGCUUUACUUUAGAAUUUAACCCUGGUUUGAAAUUUUGCAUUACAUGAUCUUGGUUUAUCAUCGAUGGGAAGGGUAGAAAACUUCAAGGAAAAUAAGUGAAAUUUUAAAAGUCAGCAUUUUCUUAGACCUCUUCAGCUGAUUGUUUAUUUUUCUAUGAAUCCCUACACAUGGUUGUUCACCCCCCACUUGAGAUAAUCUAAAUAUAAACCAGCUACUUGAUGUAAAUGACAAUUUGUGUAGAUAUUUAAACAAAUGUGUAAUUUUGAGUACAGAAUUCAAGUUACCUCCAAAAAAGAAACAUUCUUAAUAUAAUUUAACAGAAGUUGUGAAACUAAAAUUUUCCAAGAUUAACUGAUAGUUCAUUGUAAAUGAACCUAAUGAACAGAAUUUAUUACUUCACUGUGGAAAAUGCUAUCAAAUAACUAAGGAAUAUAUAUGGAAUAAGUGUACAUAUGUAAAAUAUUGUUACUAGAGUUAGAUAUGUGCCAAAGUCCAUUUAUCCCAAAUCCUGUCUGAAAAGGAGGGGUACAUUGGUAAACAUUUUGGAGUGCUUAAAAAUGCCAAAAACAAAAUGGUAAUUUCUACUUUGAUAAAAAAGUUAAAUGUGUGUAAAAAAGUGUUCUGUGUCCUUCUACUCCAGCAUCGUCUCAUGUAAAAUAAGAAAGCCCUAAAAUACUGUUGGAGAGAAAAAAUUAACUAGGUUGCUACCUUAUUAGCCUAAAUACUUUUUUCCAUUUUGUUAGAUUUUGCCUUUCUUUUGGAAGGAAGGAAGGAGGUGAUAUUCUGGAUUAUAAAAAUGAAUUGGGAACAUUAUCACAAUUCCAGACUUUCUAUUGAUAUUUAUGUGUUUUAAUAAACGUUUGAAAUUAUUUAUGACUACUUAAAA